GUAGGCAGUUGUGUUUUGUUGAGCGUAAGCAUGAAGGUAGAAGUAGUUGGCCGGAAAUUGAUAAAGCCUUCGACCCCAACACCCGAAAACCUCAACAAGUACAACUUAUCGUUAACAGAUGAGCUUAGCCCACCAAUGAAUGUUCCUAUCAUUCUCUUCUAUACAUGCUCCCAUGAUGAUACCGAAAAAUCCAAACGAAACUCGUGCUUGGAAGAAUCAUUGGCAAAAAUCCUAUCCCAGUUCUACCCGUUUGCUGGAAGAUACAUCAAGAACGAUCACUUGGUUGAUUGUAGUGACCAGGGGCGCUGAAUUUGUGGAAGCACAAGUUGUGGAUGACGUCCAUCUUCUGGACUUCAUCGCACAGGUGAAACCGGAGCAGCUAAGUGAUCUCCUUCCACGUGAUCCCUGUGCAGUAGACGACAUCACAGAUCCAUUGCUAUCCAUUCAGCUCACGACGUUUACUUGUGGUGGGUUGGCAAUUGGCGUGAGCAUGUCGCACAGAAUUGCUGAUGCAGAGUCAAUGGCAACAUUGGUUGCCGCCUGGGGAAUGGCCAACAAAUAUUCUACAGAGGAAAAGUUCAUAAUUAGCCCGAGUUUUUAUUCUCCCAUAUUAUUUCCGUCCAAGAAGAUGGACGUUGGUUUAUUCAUUGAUGUACCAAGAACCAGGGAUCCCAAUAUCGUUGCCAAGAGGAUUGUAUUUAAGAAGGAGGCAAUAGCGAGUCUAAAAGAAAAAACGAGGAGUGGAGGAGGUUCAAGAGUGCGCGUCGUGUGUGCCCUUAUAGCCAAAGUUCUCAUUGGCAUGGAUCGAGCCAGAAAGGAUGAGUGGAGAGGUUGCGUCAUUACUCAAGCAGUUAACAUUAGGGAGAGAACAAUCCCACCUCUAGCUAAGCAUUCUUGUGGAAAUCUGGUGACACAGGCAGCGUUCAAAUGCGAGGCUGCAAGUGACAUAAACGAUUUGGGAUUCCAGGACUUGGUUGACAAACUAGGUGACACCAUUCACAGGACCAGCGCAGAUUGUGCUCGGAUAUUGGGUGAUCAGGGUGACGAGGGACACAACAUCCUCGUUGAUCCUAUAAUGAAUCUGAUCGAUAUACUUGUCAGCGAUGAGAUGAGUGUUCUGCUUUUCAGUGAUUGGACCAAGUGCAGAUUCUAUGAAGUUGAUUUUGGUUGGGGAAAACCCCUUUGGACAAGCAUUGAGACAAUGCCAGGCGUGAAUGUUACAGUGUUAAUGGACAACAAAGAAGGUGACGGGAUUGAAGCAUGGGUGCAUUUGAAUCAGAAAGACAUACCUUAUUUGGAGCAAGACGAGGAACUAAAGUCCUUUGUUGCUUAAGUCCGAAGAAACUUAUGUUUCAGACUGC